AUAAGUUGGAUUGUGUUUGCUAGUUGGACACAUUGGCUAAUCAAUAGAAAUACCUGAGCUCUUUUAGAUUAAUUAAACAACUUAUUAUUAAUUCAUCAAGGUCAUUGGCCUUUACCAUAGUCAAAACAUCUAGCAGACGAAAGGCCAGUGCAGUUCCUAUUUGGUCCUUUUCCUCAUUUCAGAUACGUUCAGACACUAACUUCCCUUUACCUCCAGCAUUGGCUUCUGUGGUGAAAAUAUUUAAGGUGUAGACUGUAGAUCAGAUCAAGGUUCUUUCCUAACCCCCUCCAAACCUGUCCAUUCCAAAUCUGUGAUCCUACACAGUUGCCACCAUUCGCCCCUCUCUUGCCACAGCAGUUCUCCCGUCCAGGCCCCGCUCCAACCAGGCGUCAGGCAUGGCGCCCCAGGGGCGGGAUCACCUGGCCACACGGGAGUCUGCAGCUCGUAGACGAAGCCCGAACGUGCGCCACACACUCAGCCCAGAGAACCUUCGGAGUUUGGCUGAGCGCGGUGGUGCCGAUCAGGCUGGAAUAGGACUCCCCAGGGCAAACAGUGAUACAGACCUGGUCAGUUCUCAAGGACGCUCCUCACUCACAGCAUCGACUUUAGAAUUCACCAUGGGAAGGGGCCAGAACUUGGUCAUCUCAUGGGAUAUCAAGGAAGAGGUGGAUGCUACAGACUGGAUUGGGCUAUACCACAUAGAUGAGACCUGUCCAUCAAAUAUGUGGGACUGCAAGAACCGUGGAGUUAAUGGUACACAGUGUGGUCAGAUCGUCUGGAGACUGGAGGCAGGACCAUACUUCCUGGAAGCUGAGACAAGGAUCUGUUUUAAAUACUAUCAUGGAGUAAGCGGUGCAUUGAGAGCCACAACUCCCUGUAUCACAGUCAAGAACCCCAGAGCCUUGGCUGAUGGUCAAGCUGAGGGACAACAAGCUUUAGACAGCAGUCGAAAACUGGUCAGCUUCACCCUAUCAGAUAUCCGUGCUGUAGGGCUGAAGAAGGGAAUGUUUUUUAACCCAGACCCAUAUCUAAAGAUGAGUAUUCAUCCAGGCAAGAGAAGUUGCUUUCCGACUUUUUCCCAUCAUGGACAAGAGCGAAGAUCUGGCAUUACAACAAACACCACUAACCCUGUGUGGCAUGGAGAGAAACAUACUUUUGUGGCCCUGAUGACAGAUGUCUUGGUGAUUGAGGUCAAGGACAAGUUUGCUAAAAGUCGACCAAUUAUUAAGCGCUUCCUAGGUCAGCUGAACAUGCCAGUGCAAAUGCUGCUGGAAAGACACGCGUCAGGCAACCAAUCUCUGAGCUUCUCUCUGUGUCGACGUUUGCCCACUGAUCAUGUGAGUGGUCAAAUGCACUUUAAAGUGGAUGUCACAUCGAUGGACCAUGAUGAUGUUUCCCCUGAGACGAUUCUUGGGGCAGCAGCCCUCAAUGGAGCUCCUGGAACCCCUUCAGAUGAUGAAGAGCUGCCUUAUGCUCUCCCUGUCUCCUCAGCAGGCCCUUCCCCCACAGGCUCCCUUGGUUGCCACAGAAAUGAAGUGAGCAGCAUACCCUCUCCAGACACAGAGAUCUAUGGUGCCACUCUGGAUGAUGAGGCCCCUUCUUCCCCUGACCUGCUGCAAGGUUCCUUCAGUGAGCAGCUUGAUGCCAUUGAGGCCCCUAGGGGCCCAGGAGAGAGGCCUCUUGGGGCAGCUUCUCCCAAACUGCGCUCCAGUUUUCCCACUUACACACGCCUUAGUGCUAUGCUGCACAUAGACUCAGAUGAAGAAGAAGAAAGAUCAGCUGUUACGGAUUCCACCCUGCCAAUGAUUAAUGGCGCCCCAAAAACUCAACAAAAACCCACAAAAUCUCUGGUGGAAAUUAAAAAUACUGUGCUUGAAGGAACUGUAGAGGAACCUCCCAGAGAGACUGGGCUGGAGUCUGAAAUUGAGACUGACGUGGCUCCAGAGCCAGGGGUGAUGCCAAGUUCAGUAAUACCUGAGGUGGAAACCGCCAGCCUGCUGGAGAGGCAAGAGGAGCAGGAAGUGGAUGUAGAGGAGGAGGGGCUGGCACCCAGUGAGGAGCUGGCAACUGAAGUCGAUAUCUCCUCAAUGGCAUCUGACAGCUGCCCAGUCCCUUUAUCUGCCUCUCAGGAGUCAGAACAGGGGGCAGAGGCAGCCAUUGACCCAGGGGGAGGAGAUCUUUCAGAUGAUCCACCCACAAUUUAUGAACCUCCUCGAACCAAUGAGCUAGAGGGGGGCAUGCCACAACCAGAACCAUCAGCCAUUGAGGAGGAAUGUGAAGAUGUGACAGAGGACACAAUGUCCAGGAGGUGGAGCCUGGAAGCGAUGGCUGGUGUUUCACAGGAGGAUGAGGAAGAGGAGGAGUUAAUGCCAUCAGGGGAUGGAGAAUCUGUGGAUUCUGAGACCUUCGUUACAGAGACAGACACAGAAUCAGGUAUCCCUCAGAUAAAUGGAGAUCAGUGCGUUCCCCCUCUGCCAUCAGUAAGACAAGACAUCCACCGAUACCAGCGUGUGGACGAGCCCUUACCUCCCAACUGGGAGGCUCGCAUUGACAGUCAUGGCCGUAUCUUUUUUGUGGAUCAUGUGAACCGCACCACCACUUGGCAGAGACCCACUGGCCCACCUGCCCCUCAAGGUCUGACCCGCUCCAGCUCCAUACUGCAGAUGGAACAGCUCAACCGCAGGUAUCAGAGUAUUCGAAGGACGAUGACCAGUGAGAGGUCUGAGGAGCAGAGAGUGGACGAUCUCCCUCCUGAAGAGACUGAACUGCUGCCUCAAUCUAUCUGUGAAUAUCGUCGGGACAGCUUCAUGGGUCACACCAGCUCACGUUCUCGUCUGGCUUUGCUGCUUCAGUCUCCUGGUGCAAAGUUCCUCUCGAGUCCCGAAUUCUUCUCUGUUCUGCAUUCUAAUACUAGUGCCUAUCGCAUGUUCACAAGUAACACUUGUCUGAAGCACAUGAUCAGUAAAGUGCGGCGGGACACACAGCACUUUGAGCGUUACCAGCACAACCGAGACCUUGUCAACUUUCUCAAUCUGUUCUCCAACAAGCAGCUGGAGCUGCCACGGGGCUGGGAAAUGAAACAUGACCACACUGGCAAGCCUUUCUUCGUGGAUCAUAACUGUCGUGCCACAACAUUUAUUGACCCACGGUUGCCCUUACAGAACUCUCGGUCCAGUGGCUUGCUAGUCCACCGACAGCACCUUUCCCGCCAGCGCAGUCACAGUGCAGGAGAGGUAGCAGAUGACUCACGCUCCCCGAGUCCAACUGUCCAGGGCCGGUCAAGAAACAGUCAGUACCAGGACUUGGUGCCUGUGGCCUAUAAUGAAAAGAUUGUCGCCUUUCUACGACAACCCAACAUUUUUGAGAUUCUACAAGAGAGACAGCCAGAGCUCGUGAGAAACCACUCCCUUAGGGAGAAGGUUCAAUUCAUCCGUAAUGAGGGUCCAUCUGGGUUGGCCCGUCUGUCUAGCGAUGCAGACCUGGUUAUGUUACUUAGCCUGUUUGAAGAGGAAGUGAUGUCGUAUGUGCCGCCCAAUGCCUUACUGCUCUCCAGCUACUGUCAUGCCUCCCCACAGAGCUCCCCUGGUACAUCACGGGCAAAUGCCCGAGCCCCUGCACCCUACAAGCGUGAUUUUGAGGCCAAACUAAGAAACUUUUACCGCAAACUGGAGACCAAGGGCUACGGGCAGGGGCCAGGAAAAGUGAAGUUGAUAAUUAGAAGAGAUCACCUGCUGGAGGAUGCUUUCAACCAGAUAAUGUGCUAUUCCCGCAAAGAUCUCCAGAGAAGCAAGCUUUACAUCAGCUUUGUGGGAGAAGAAGGAUUGGACUAUAGUGGCCCAUCCAGAGAGUUUUUCUUCCUUGUUUCCCGUGAGCUCUUUAAUCCAUACUAUGGACUAUUUGAAUACUCCGCUAAUGACACUUACACUGUGCAGAUCAGCCCCAUGUCAGCGUUUGUGGACAACCAUCAUGAGUGGUUCCGGUUCAGUGGACGCAUUCUGGGUCUUACUCUAAUUCAUCAGUACCUGUUGGAUGCAUUCUUCACACGGCCCUUCUACAAAGGACUUCUUCGCAUCCCAUGUGAUCUGAGUGAUCUGGAAUUUUUGGAUGAGGAGUUCCAUCAGAGUUUGCAGUGGAUGAAGGACAAUAACAUCGAGGAUAUGCUGGAUCUCACCUUUACUGUUAAUGAGGAGGUGUUUGGACAGAUCACAGAGCGAGAGCUGAAGCCGGGUGGAUCUGGCAUCUCAGUGUCUGACAAGAACAAGAAAGAGUACAUUGAACGCAUGGUGAAGUGGAGGAUUGAGAGGGGUGUGGCCCAGCAGACAGAGAGUCUUGUACGGGGAUUCUAUGAGGUGGUGGAUGUCCGACUUGUCUCAGUGUUUGAUGCCCGGGAGCUGGAGCUGGUCAUUGCUGGAACGGCAGAGAUUGACCUGUCAGACUGGAGAACAAACACAGAAUACAGAGGAGGUUACCAUGACAGUCAUAUAGUGAUUAGGUGGUUCUGGGCUGCAGUGGAGCGUUUCAAUAAUGAACAGAGACUACGACUCCUUCAGUUUGUUACUGGCACUUCCAGCAUUCCCUAUGAGGGCUUCGCCUCCCUGCGGGGCAGUAAUGGCCCACGACGAUUCUGUGUGGAGAAAUGGGGCAAAGUCACCUCCCUCCCACGGGCUCACACCUGCUUUAACCGCCUGGAUCUCCCUCCUUACCCCUCCUUCUCCAUGCUCUACGAGAAGAUGCUCACUGCUGUGGAAGAAACCAGCACCUUUGGUCUGGAGUGAACUCCCAACUCCACAACAUCACAAAAGUGCUAUACAUUUUUUUCCAGUUCACCAUAACUUGGCUCACAUUGCAGCCCUGUUCCUCCAGGACACUUACAUCAUAUUUAUGUCAGAGUCUGCGGAACUGGAAUAUAUGCCAUCAAAUGACUUACUGGACUUAAGUGCUAAUUCCUGUUCUAUUCUGUUUGGAUGUAGUACUGAGUACCGACAGUGACUUCAUUCUAGACCUCGCAAAGAAAACCUACAAAUGUACAUAUUCACAGACAUAAGAGCUGGAGUCUUGAUCAUCUGGUUUGAGUCUUAGAUAUUGGACUGGUUAAGACCAGUACAUUUUGGUCUGGGUUGAAGGAUUCUGUGGUCUCUUCCUUUGGUUUCAGAUAGUGCCACGUUCCUAAAAGUCUAGAUGUUUCUUUACAGUAAUCUAGUCACUUUGAUGUUGCCCAUUCUAUGUUUAAAAUGACAACCCUAUGAUAUUAUUUUCUGCUGUUCUUUGUCAUGGUCAGGUGAUUUCAGUCAAGAAGGACUGUUUAAGUUAUUAUUAUUUUCUUUUUUUUUACGGCUCUGGUUUUGCUGGUUUGAUGGCUGAAAAUGAUCCCAUUUCGGGAUUAGUCUAUGCAUCUAGAACUAUGAUUAAAAUAUUUCAUUCUUAAUUUUGUUCAUUUGAAUUCUAGACAUAAAUUAAAGAUUGUUGAGACAUAUUUUAUAAUUGUUUGUAUUUUAAACAGCAGGGUUUUUUUGUUUAGUUUUUAAAGGUGGAAUUGGCUGUAAAAUGUAUAUGAUCAAAUUACAGGUUAAAAUUUUCUUAUAAAGAAGAAAUUCAGAAUUACACAUACAAGUCUCUCAAAUUCAGAACUCAGAAAUUAGGAUUGUAAUCACACUAGGCCACAAGUCAAGCUUUCAUGUAUGUUUACAGUUGCGUAAAUCCACCUAUAUAAAAAAAAUUUAGAAUAACUUUAUAAUAAGGAUCUAUUUGUUAACAUCAGUUAAUGCAUUAGGUAUCAUAAACUAAAAAUAUAAAAAUACAUUUUUACAGCAUUUAUUAAUCUUUGUUAAUGUUAAUGUAUGAAAAUACAACUGUUCAUAGUUAGCUCAUGCUUAUGCACAAUGCAUUAACUAAUGUUAAUGUAAACAACAUUUAGCUUUAAAAAUCUAUUAGUAUGUGUGGAAAUUAACAUUAAACAAGAUUGUUAAUUGCUGUAAAAGUAUCAUUCAUUGUUAGUUCAUGUUUACUGAAUUUGAUAAUGAAUGGUAAAGAAUUCAUCCUUGUAAAGUGUUAACAAUCUAAACAAAACAUCUGCUGUUUAAAAAUGCAAAAUUAUCAAAAAAAUGUAAAAACGCCACACAAAUCUUUUCAAAAAUCAAUUUAGCCUGUGGGUCUUGAUGAUAUUGAUCUUGGCUGCAGCUCUGAUAACACAAUAAGCUGAUUUCCCCCAUCCAACCAGAGAAUGAAAUGUGUGAAAACACAAAACUGCAUGCAAACCCUCUUAUAGAGAUCCAUGCACCAAAUGUAGUGAUGACAGCAGAGUGGUUACAAAUCUGGGUUACGGGUAACCUUGCGGUUCUGGGUUUAAACCCUUGAACGGGUGAGACAUGAACUAGAGUGUUGCAAGAAUAACUGGUAACAGUUUACAAUAAGGUUCCAUUCCUUAACAUUAAUGCAUUAGGUGUCAUGAACAAACAAUUAACAACACAUUUUGUACAGCAUUUAUUAAUCUUAGUUAAUGUUAGUUAAUUAAAAUAAAAUUGGUCAUUGUUAGUUGAUGUUAUUUCACAGUGCAUUAACUAAUGUUAACUAACACAAAUUUUGAUUUUAAAAAUGUAUUAGAAUAUGUUUUAUUUAACAUUAAUAUUAAUAAAUGCUGUGAAAGUAUUGUUCAUUGUUAGUUCAUGGAAAAUUAUUGUAAAGUGUUACUGAAUAACUGGCAAGCACUGAGUACUGUGUAACACAUUUUUAAAUCAUCUUAAUUUAAACCCCUCAACCUGCUCCUCUAAGGCACCCCACAAAUAUUACUUCAAAAAUAGUAUGCAUGUAUAAACACUGAUCACCAUGUGCAAUGUGUGUAAAGUAUUUUGGAUAUUUUGGGUUCAGGAGGGGUAGACAUUUGUUCUGAGCUUUAAUUAUACAUGUAGGAAGACCUGCAUAUUGUUCAAAACUGUAGUAACAGACAAAAACAGUGGCCUUGAAAUUAUUUUUAUUAAACUGGGUAUUGUUAAAAGCAUGUUGUAAUGUGUGUAGUCCAAUGGGGCUGCUUAAAUCUGGGCUGAUUGUGUAACUGACUGGUAAACAAGGUAGUUUCUUCUUUUAUGGAAAAAUAAAGGAAAGUGAAAGUAUAAGAAAGACAAAGGAAAAAAUGUUAUAAUGGAAAUGCCCUCCAAAACUAUCAUGUUUAGGGAGCAUCAAGCCAAGUUGUGACACCAUUGCACAAGUGGUAUGAAGUGUUUUGGAAAUAUCUGUUGACACACACACACACACACACACACACACACACUCACUCACACAUAGAGAGAGAGAGAGAGCACACACAACAGUACACAAAUGUACACAUUCACUACACACAAAUGCUGAUCUGGCCAAAGCACAACAGCAGUGCUCCUUUAUGUUAUUGAUCUUUGGAUUAAAUGCAUGCAGGGUCAAAGAAGCAGUUUGACCCUUAGAUGGCGUUGUGUCAUAUCUUGAUAUUGCAUGCAGGAAUUAGUGAAACAACAGGAGUCCAGAUUAGCUUUAUUUGCAUGAGAAGUUGCUGUUAAC